AUGGCCUCUUUAAGAGCUUCAGGCUUGCUAUUCUCUUCAUCUUCUUGUAGCUGUUCAAAGGGAAUCAAUGCUGCCAUUUCUGUCCCUAAACUUCCAAGGAUUCGUUUCCCAGCUACAAAAACUCCAUUAAAAUUAGAGGAGGAACUGAAUUUAAGAAAUGGGUUCACAAGUACAAUCCCAUCAGAAAACACAGGACUGGAUCAACAUCAGCCAAUCAAGUCUACAACUAGUACUACAGCAUCUGCCAAGCUUUAUGCAAUCCUAGAAGCUGUUGCUGAUAGAGUUGAGAUGCACAAAAACAUCGGCGAGCAACGUGACAAUUGGAACAAACUUCUCUUGAAUUCCAUUAAUAUGAUCACUCUCACAGCUGCAACUAUGGUUGGUGUUGCGGCAGGUGGUGCAGCAGGAGCUCCUCUUUUCGCUUUAAAGUUAUCAUCAACUCUUUUAUUUUCAGCAGCAACAGGGAUGUUAAUAAUCAUGAACAAAAUCCAACCUUCACAGCUCGCAGAAGAGCAAAGAAAUGCAACAAGAUUGUUCAAGCAACUUUAUAGCCAAAUUCAAACUACACUUGCUCUUCGCGAUCCUACCGAAUUAGACGUGAAGGAUGCAAUGGAGAAAACAUUGGCUCUUGAUAAAGCUUACCCUCUUCCUUUGUUAGGGAAAAUGAUUGAAAAGUUCCCUGAAAAUUUUGAGCCUGCUGUCUGGUGGCCUAAACCACAUGAAUCCCCAAGGAAACAGCACAAAACACAAGCGAAGAAUGAGUGGAGUGAAGAUCUUGAAAAGGAAAUGAGGGAGGUGAUUGAAGUGAUAAAGAGGAAAGAUAGUGAAGAUUAUAUGAGACUAGGAAGCUUGGCAUUGAAGGUAAACAAAAUUAUGGCCAUCUCAGGCCCAUUACUUACAGGCAUUGCAGCUGCUGGGUCUGCCUUCGUAGGCCAUGGAUCAUGGGCAGCAAUAGUGGCAGUGACAGCAGGUGCUUUAGCUAGCACAGUCAGUACAUUUGAACAUGGAGGGCAAGUUGGCAUGGUGGUUGAAAUGUACAGAAACUCUGCUGGAUUCUUUAAACUCUUGGAGGAAUCAAUUGAAUCCACAAUUCCAGGGAAAGAUUUGGAGAAAAGGGAAGAUGGAGAAAUGUUUGAAAUGAAUGUUGCAUUGAAGCUUGGAAGGAGCUUGUCACAACUUAGAGAUCUUGCUAGAAAAUCAUCGACUUCUCAUGUACAUGGAAGCACCAUAGAUGAGUUUGCUAGCAAACUUUUUUGA